UCCGCCUCCCUCUCUCUCACUCUUUCUCUACUGUGCCCUGUGUGCACUCAGUUGCAGCAGUGGAGAGAUCAGCCAUAUCAGUGUCUACUGCAGUUUCAGGCUUACAGUUGUUCUGAAAGCAACCAGGCCACCUGGCAGACUGCCACCUGCUGACAAAUACAGCGUGAACAUCCAGAUUCUGCGGGUUCAUCAUGGGAAACUGCGCUUCAAGGACAAAGAAGAAAAGGAGAGAGGACUCUGCACCAGAUGAUAGAAGCAGCAGAGAUAAAAAGUGUACCGAGGAUGUAACGUACGCCUCUAUUGACCACAGCACUGCCAAAGGAUCAAGAACAACCAGAGUUCUAACUGACAAUGAUUGCGACUAUGCCAUAGUUAAUGCCCCAGCAUCACUUCAACCCGAAACUGAAUCUGAGCACUCAUCUAAAGACGAAUGUGCAGAUGAUUAUGUACUUAUGGGGUAAACAUAAACAGGAAGUGUCUAAAAUUCUGUAAUGGCUGACAAGCUCUCAUUUGCAGUCGAACUGUCAAGUUUCCAAUUUAAAUGCUCAAACCUUGAUCUUCAGUGAAAAAGUUGUGACAAAAUUUAAAAAAAAAAAAAAAAUUCACAGCCAACAGCACCUGGUAUUGGAAACAUACAACAAAAUAACUUUUACAAUGAUUCCAAAUGCAUAGGUUUUUGUUUUCAGAAAAAUUAGUCAACAAAAUUGAUGUCAAUAAGUGUGUUUGCUAGUCAUAAUUACUGUAGACCACCAAAAUGUACCACAAAAAGAUUUUUAAGAUUUAAGAAUUUAUAUUGCUUAUGGUUUUUGCCUGGAUUCCUGAAAUAUUGCAAAAUUAGCACAUUAUCUUCAGGUAAUAAUACAAAGAAAUCAGAACCUGGUGUGGGCUUAAAACCGUUUUGCCAUUCAGGCAACAAAUCUCACCAGUUUUCAGACUUUCCAAAAACAGCAGCAUCUCCAAAAGCUAUUGCUAGUUACAACACAACCUGAAUGACUGAAGGUUUUAUGGCCACUAUCUGUAAGUUAUUCAGAUUUUCUAAAAAAAAAAAAAAAAAAAAAAAA